ACUGCCUUUGAAAUUCACUCCUCCUUUACUUCCUCUGCCCCAUCGGCACCAACCAAAACUCAUCCAAUCCACCUGAACUUCUCUGUCUGUCUGUAUCUAUAUAAUUGUAGUAUGUUUUUAUUCGUAUCGAGAUAAUCACUCGUCGGCUGUAAAUGUUAGUAGUAGUAGUUAUUUGAAUUUUCUUCGGUUUGAUUUGUGAUCAAUGAGGACGUCGGAGUUCACGGACAAGCAAAUUAUGGAUCUCUCCAGAUCCAAGAGCAAGGAUUCCUUCACUUUCUUUUCCCCCGACGAUGAUAGUGACGAUGAUUUCGCCGCUGGUCAAAGCUUUGGUUUUGAUCUUGAUCGAUCACUUGGAGCUUCUCACUCUCGCCCUCCCACACUCAAAAAUUGCAAUUCUACGGACCAUAUUGAUUCUGGAAAAUUCAGUCAAAAGGAAGUGCGGCUGGCACUAGCUUCCGAGAUUCAUCAGACAAUGAAGGAGCAUUUUGACAACCUGUUGCGUUCGGUUGAUGGGCUUAGUGCAAGACUCUCUGAAAUAGAGAGUAAAAUAAACCAGCUUGAGAAUGCUGUUGACAAUCUGAAGAUCUCCGCUGAGUAUAAUAAUGGCAGAACAGAUGGAAAGCUGAGGCAGCUAGAAAAUAUUCUGAGAGAGGUUCAAGAUGGUGUUCUUUUUCUAAAGGAUAAGCAGGAAAUAACAGAAACCCUGCUUCAGCUUGCCAAGCUUCAGGGUUCAAAGAGUGACCCACAACCCGAAGACCCCAAGACUGCAGGUCAAUCUAAAUCAGCACCAAAAGCAUCAUCACCUGCUUCUGAGCAGUCUCCCCAGCCUCCACUUGUUUCUGGUGCAUUUUCACCAGCACUUCCUACUCUCAUUCCUGACACUUCUUCAACCCUGCAUUAUCAAAAUGCAACGCCAGGCGGAGCACCUGUUGCAGCACCAGUGCAUAGUCAAACACUACAGAACCCAAUUCCUUCCUGUCCCCCGCCUGAGUCAUACUAUUUUCCUGCUGGAAAAGCUUUAGAAGCCACUUAUCAGCAAUACAAUGUGUCUCCUACUCAGGAAUCACGGCCUUCACCUCCAGCACCUCCUCACUUUUAUGAACCUGUUCUUAACCUUCCUCAAGUCCUGGGGGAGGCAACCCAAAGACCGCAAUUUCGUCCACCUCUUCAUGAAGUUAAUCCUCAAAACCAACAUUCAUGGACACAUCAUCCUCCUGUAGAAUCACCUCCUUAUGGACCUUACCCACCUCAUAACUACCGUCCAAACAUCCACCAAUCCUCCUCUCUGCCAGCGGAUGGGCCGCCUAUCCACGGCCAGUUUUAUUUGGAUUCCUCUCAACAGAUGCAUGGUCAACCCAUGAAAGGUCCUAACUCUGAGUUUCCUUCUGGGUAUUCCCAGACACCCAAGCAUGCUAAUUUUGGCAAUAUGAAUCCCCAUGAUGGGUCUUCUUCCCACUACCGUAGCUCAACUAUGAAACCCUGGGAAAUCUCUCCUUCCUUUUCAGUACAGGGUGGUGGAAGUAAUUAUUACACCCAGCUCCCUAAAGCCCAGAUAUUACCGCACGCGCUUCCGACUGCCUCUAGUGUGGAUACUGGAUUAAGUUCUGGCGGGACUGGAAACAAGGCUCCGAUAGAUGAUGUUGUUGACAGGGUAACAGCGAUGGGGUUUAGGAGGGACUUGGUUAGAGCAACUGUGAGGAAGCUUCUUUUGGCAGGAAUGUCAGUGGACCUUAAUGUCGUGCUGGAUAAGCUGAUGAAUGACGGGAAUGUCUAGCCAAGAAAGUUUGUUUUGGCUGGUGAUAUAUUAUUGUCAACACCUUUGCUUUGUAUAAAUAGUUUGUGUAUAGACUAUUGACCUACGUUUUCAGAUCAACGUUAUUUGUGCCAUUCCUACUCUUUUUGGCUUUACGUAUAAACAAUAUACUACUGCUAAAGUAUUGUAAUGUCAAAAGCUGUUAACAAUACAGUUAUAUAGUCAUUGUGCAUGGUA